AUGGUCUCACAGGCCGUUCUUUAUGCAGGACACAUUCUUCCUUUCGUGUUGCUGUGGUUAGGGUGUGUCACCGACUUUAUUCCUAUCAAGAAGAUCGGCCCUGACUGCGACUGUUUCCGUCAUAUUCUGGUCAUCAAUUUCAAAUUCUUCUUUAUACAGAUCUACGCCUUAACAUCAGUAAUAUAUGGUGUCGCGACUUUUAAUGAUUGCCCCGGAGCUAAAGAGGAGUUGAUGCAGGAAAUCAAAGAAGCUCAGGAUGACCUGAGGAAGAGGAAAAUUAUAUGA